AAAAAUGUCAAAGUCCGACCUAGUUGGGCUGGAGAAUGGCGGCUCAAUUGAGCCAGAUAUACAGAAAACGAAAUUUCUUACAAAGACCAAUCGGGCAAUGGACAAGGCCUUGACGAAAUCUUCAUUCGAUGAGGAAAUGGAUGAGGAGAUGGCAUCGGGCUGCAAUAUCAUUUUCACGGUACUCAAUAUUUGCCUCGUCAUCUUCGGCUUGGCGCGACGCGAAGAAUGUGACGGGCAACCGAUGAUCCCAGUUUUUAUUAUUGUUUUGGGGUGUUUAUGGCUGGCGAAGGAUGCUAUCGAGAGGUUGAGACGACGAUAUCAACGAAAACGUGAAUCCCCGCUACCAUCCGACGACGGAGAGCUCAGGGAUGCCACAGGAAGAUCCGGGUUCCCAUAUCCUUGCGGCUACAUUCACGUGCUCCUGAAUAUCCUAAUUUUUGUUUGGUGCAUAUUCGGCUGCUACUGGGUGUUCGGCUCAUGGACGGCCCGUGCCUACUGCGACUGGUGGACCUACAAUAUUGCCACGUUUUUCCUGUUUUUCUCAAUUUUUUGGCUGUUCAUGAGUGUUUUUUGUUGUUGUGUGUUAACAUUUGUGAAAUAAAACAUUUUUGAAUUUG